AUGCACACAGACGACGAUGGCUUUCGAAUAUCUCCAAAUAUUCUAAUGGGGAUCUUGGGGCUGUUUGUCAGCUUUCUGUUAUACAUCUUGUCUUCCUCUACCCUUGGCAAAAAAUCCCUCUCGCACACUUGGCUGUUUUCGGGGCUAAUGGUCAUUCACCCUUCCGAAGACAGUGUCAGCAAGGUAGCACCGGCAUCUCCCUCCAACAACUCCACGCCCAAGCGAAAAACCAUCAAGGACGUAUCAGGACUUCAUCUGACGUGCAAAAGGAUCGGGCCCGGAUCCAUUCCUCUGUCGGUCAUGACAGCAAAGACCAAGGCAACAUUUCUACAAUGGCAAGCCCUGGAUGCGGCCGUGUGUGUUUGGGUGGCAUCGUUGCUUGCCCUGGCCAGUCCGACUCUACUGGCAAUGUACACGGUGUAUCAAGAACAAACAAUCUGCUGUGAUGAUCUAAAGUGCUGGUUGAAUUGGUGGAGAGAUUACCUGGGAGGACCCGGGCUGGUCUACGUGACCUCCCCGCCAUCCUAUUCCAUGAUCUUCCUCAUUGCCGCACUGUCACUCUGGUUUUGGUGGAGAUUAGUCAUUCACGUCACCAGAUUGCACUCGGGCAGCAUAUUCAUGUUCUCGCCCUUUAGUUACAUUAAUGGCUGGAUGACAUUCUUUGUCACGUUGUUCCUGUUGCAGUUGACUACAAAUGAGGAUGCAACUACCAUUGCCGUGUCCGAUCAAAGACUUUUUGGAAUUCCAUUGAAUGCUGCAUUGGAUGAAUGGUCCACAAGAGUCACCCUUUGGGUGGGCCUCACAGGAUUUUACACUCCCGAUCUGGAAACGUCGCGCCUCCGAGUCCUCAGUAACAUUUUCCAAUUCACACAUCUCCUGUUCGCCUUUGCGGCCAGUCUCUUGGCAUUUGCCGUGGCCGAUCCUUGCCGAGAAACCAUGCGCCUCUACUGGGAAUUUGUGUUGGGAGACGAGGUGAUUAUACUGGGACUUCGCAGCGAAAAACUCUGGCGGUGGCUGUUACGGAAAUAUCGUCAAUGCUGCAUGUUGGGGAUUGCAGUCAUUCCCUUUUUGUGCUGGGGGACCUAUGUCUUUCAAAGGGUUCCUUUGUUCCAUGUUUCUCCGGAAACUGGUCGCACGGUACUGGGAUGUUGCUUUAUUUGGAACAUGGCGUUUAUCAUUCGUCCAUUGACACAAACCUACCUGCUUCAAGCGCUCAGUGCAGCCGAUCGCAUCCUGGAUACAACCAAAAGGCUCUCCCCGGAAGACGUCAUGUUUCCAUUCUCCAACCGAAGCUUUCGCCUGUUGAGAAUUAGUAGCCAACUGCUCGUGUUUCCAGCAAUGGUAUUAAUUGUCAUCACCCUGGGAUAUGGUGCAGGGCGGAUGCCCAUGGCUGUGUCGGAUACAUCCGAGUCAAUGACCACUAGUAUCUUCCCUUUUGCAUUUUACCAGUCUCUUUGGACCAAGCAGCAGGAAGAAGACUAUCGAGCCUGGGAGGAAUUCCAAGUCAGAGCGUCGGCUCAAAAUGCUUUGGACGAUCCCAGCCUUUUGGCAGAGUUGUCUACGACACGGGCGAACCUUGACCUCUGUCAAGACAACAUCACUUUCUCAUUUGUGCAACUGUCCAACAACGAUACAAGGAAGAAAAGACGGAACAACAACGAAUUCGACGCCCCCGUCUUCAAAGUUGCCACUCCGAAACAAUUGACCAGCAGCAAGGGUCUCAUCAAAACUACCUUUGUACAGGUACUUCGAAAGCUACAACAAUUAGCAAAGAAAACACGGCUCAUGUCAUUGGAUGCAUCAUCAUCCGAGAAUCCUGCAUCCAGAGACAUGACAACAAAAGCAGCCAGAGCGCUGGAUGAAGAGCAUCGCCAAUCCCAUCACGAUUUUCACAGCCUUAUCCAGGCGUUGGCAUUUCACCCACUCUUGACAUCCACCAUUAUUUUGCCCGUGCUAGACUUUUUCGGCUUUAUCUUGUCAUCAGUCUGGAUUCUGUACUUUGUCUAUUACGGCAUCAAGGCCUUUUAUCGCAAAUCCAAUCGACGUCGAUACGUUCUCAAAGUCAAGGGGGAGAGCUGCCGCAUCAUGUCCGUGCAGAAGUAA